AUGGCCCCUACCGAGCUCAGCGGCCCUACGGUCGACUUUCCUCAGAACCUCAACGUCCACAGCUUUGUCUUUUCCAACCCCUUCCAGCACGCCGUCAAUCCAGACCCUAAGCAGUACCCGGAUCACACCUACGACGGCCAGACGGUCCCGCCGCACAAGACAUCAAUCAUCCACGAUGGCUCCGGCGCCACCCUCAGCCGCGCCAGGCUUCAGCUCGACAGCCUCAAGGUCGCCCGCUCCCUGAGGGCCAUCGUGGGCAACCCGGUCGCAUGCGCGCCCCAUGCGAAUCCCAACGAGCCGGUCCACGCCCCUCGGACGACGGUGCUCCUCCACCUGCCCAAUAGCCUGGCGUGGCCCAUCCUUGCUCUCGGCACCUUUGCCGCCAGCUGCACCCUCUCGCCCAUCUCGACCCAUCUCUCGCCGCGCGAGCUGGCCUACAUCCUCGCAAAGGCGCGACCGCAGGUUCUCGUCACCACGACGGGCGCCGAUGGCGAGGGUCAGCUGCGAAAGGCGCUCGAUCUCUUGCUGCAGGGCGAGCCGCAGGACCAGGGCGUGGUCAAGGGCGCGAUGAUCAGGGCGUGGGCACGCGAGCUGGCCGCCGACUGGGACCAGGGACGCGCGGCGAGGCUGCAAAAGGGCGACAGCCUGCCCUUCCGGCGCAGGAGGGUCUGGACCGUCGACCUCGCCGGGGGCGCCGACUACUACGGCCACGCCCUCAACAAGCACGGCGUCUCGGCGGCCAUCGACCCGCGCGACUGGACCAACCUGCUUGCCCCGCCGCCUGGGUCCAAGCAGGAGGGUACGAUCGAGGGCACGUCGUCGGUGCCCUUCGAGGUGCAGCCCAUGUCGCCCGAGGAGCAGCACCACAGGGCGGCGCUGAUGCUCUGGUCGAGCGGAACCACUGGCCAGAGCAAGGGCGUGCUCCUCAGCCACCGCAACUGCGUCGCCAACACCCAGGCGCUGUGGCACUACAACAUGCACUUCAAGGGCAUCAGCCGGGGCGACUAUGGCGGCGGCGAGCGGUGGCUAGCGCUCGCGCCGUGGUGCCACGUCCUCGGCCUAUGCACGCUGCUUCUUCCGGCGAUUGCGCUCGGCGCGACGCUCGUCAUCCCGGCCAACCCGCGCUUCGACCUGCCCACCUACCUUCGCACGAUCACCAAGUACCGCAUCACGUUUGCGCACAUCGCGCCCGCGGUGGCCGUGGCGCUCAAGACGACGCCGGCGCUCGACCCGUCGUCACCGGUCAGCCAGGGCAUCGACGUGUCGUCGAUCUCGGGCUUCAUGACCGGAGGCGCGCCCACCUCGUCCGAGAUUAUCCGCAUCGUCCACGAGCGCACCCAGAGGUACAUCCACAUGGGCUACGGCACCACCGAGACCAUCACCAUCACCCAGACCUCGGGCAUGGGCCUCGACCGCGACAUGUAUGGUCCGCGCGACGAGCUGGGCAGCGUCGGCUUCGCCGCACCCAACGUCUCGAUCCGCAUCCAGGCGCCUCCUGGCACCUCGGACGAGUCGACCAACUACCGCACCCAGGAGAUCCGCGAUGCGGCCAAGCGCGCCCGCGAGCGCGGCGAGAGGGCGCCGCUUGACCCGAGCCCCGUCGGCGAGAUCCUGGUCAAGGCGCCCGCCGUGAUGCUGGGCUACUUUUCCGGCCUGUCUUCCGAGGGCGGCACGAGCGCGCUCGAUGCCGAAAUGACCCAGGGCGCCUUCCACCCGGGCGGCUGGUACCGCUCGGGUGACGAGGGCGUGUUUGACGCGCACGGCCACGUGUGGAUCACGGGGCGGAUCAAGGAGCUGAUCAAGGUCAAGGGCUUCCAGGUGCCGCCGGCCGAGCUCGACAGUCUGUUUGCGGGCCACCCCAAGCUGGCCGACGCGGGCGCCACGAGCCACCAGCACGAAGGUCUCGAGGAGGUACUGAUGCUCGUCGUGCCCAAGGACAGGAGCGUCCUGGCCAGCCGCGAAAAGAUGCAGGCGCUCAUGGAGGAGCUGUGCGAGUGGGUCAAGGACCAGACGGCGCACUACAAGUGGCCCAAGUUCUACCUGUUUGCCGAGGCCGCCCCCAGGAACCCCACGGGCAAGAUCCUCCGCAAGGACGUGGCCAUCACCAGUGGCACCAUCCUCAUGGCGCCAAAGACGAGCCGAGGCCCGGCCAAGCUGUAG